UUGAUCUCAGGUCUCAACUCAUAGAGCUAGAUUCGCUUGCUAUCCAAUCCUAUACAAACUCAAAUUGAUUCUCCGAUUCCCUCAGAUUUCCUUGUUGCCAUCUCUGAACAUCUUUAAAUCAUUUUCUUGGCUCAAAUUCAUUUGCCUGCCAUGGCACCAAAUGGAGAAACGCUCGUUGCUUCCUACACAAAGAGCAGCUUUGACAAGCCUCAGAAGCCUCGGAGGAUCUCGAUGGAGGGCCUUCAGAGAGCGUUCUCCGACCUCUCCUUUGAGCUGAGCAAAGAGGGAACAGACCCCAAGCUUCCGGCCAUAUCCGAAGUGGAAGAUGCCAAGUGUGAGUGCUGCGGCAUGUCCGAGGAGUGCACUCCUGAGUACAUCCGCCGUGUCCGAGAGAAGUUCUCCGGCAAGUGGAUAUGUGGGCUGUGCUCGGAGGCCGUGAAGGAGGAGGCGGAAAAGAAUGGGGGGAGGCUGGAUGAAGCUCUCAACACCCACAUGAGUGUGUGUGGGAGGUUCAACAGAAUUGGAAGGACACAUCCCGUUCUCUUCCAGGCCGAGGCGAUGAGGGAGAUCCUGAGGAAGUCGAGGUCGGACGGAAGAGGAGCCAGGGCCAAGUCUAACGGCCCUAGGGAAAGGGAGAGCGUGAAGAGGGCCGGCAUCACAAGGAGCUCGAGUUGCAUUUCGGCUAUAACAAAGGACAUCAACGAGCGAGCAAUCAUUAACUAAACUCCUGGAGUUUGUUAUCUUUGAUAUAUAUCGAGUGGGUAGAGAGGGGGAAGGGGGUGGGGUUCAUGCUGGGUGGCAUGCAUGGGUACCCGCGCGGUCCUUUUUUUGCUUCAUCCAUCCUUCUCAUAUAAUAUAUGGAUGACUGAACUUCUUACGUCAUUAGGGUCUUGGUUUGGUGGCCAGCACAUGUGUUCAUACCCAAGGGUUUUCUUUUGUUAGGGGUGUCAUACUUCUACAUUUUGAACAUUUUUGUGUUGUGGGAGAUUUCUCCGUCAUGGCAACCCUGAACCAAUUGUCUGUAUACCGUCCAUGAGAUGGGGGUCUUGGGCUGUAGGCCUGUAGACUCUUUCGUUAUAUAUUUCUAUCCUCUAUGGGUGGAACGGUCAGUGUUCCUCUAUUUCAUCACCUCAUGCGGUUAAAGUUUGGUUCGUGCGUGAGUGUAGGAAGGCUUUUUUCAUGGCUGGGGGAAAUGGGAAGUGGC